AUGCGAUAUCAUCGCAGUGGCAAGUACUAUGACAUUGCGCUGGGUUCAGAAGUAGUGCACAUCGGGGGCGAGGACGACGACGAACCGCUGGUGGUGGAGCCUCUAAACGCCGCCGUGAGGGACGCGCUGCAACACAUCCACAAUCUAUACAUCGUCAAUCCUGAUAGCCUUCGGCUUGUGCAACAACUUGGCCUGAAUGCCGACACGAUACAGUUCUUCGCCGUCUCCGGCUCCCACAUGCCGUCACAGGCCGUGACAUGGCCACCAGAGUUGUUCCCAAAGACGCUGUUACUCCCGAUAGACGCCCACGAGCCAUCUGCCCCGCUCAAGGUUCCCAGCGGCGUUCGUCGGCUCGUCCUGCGAAUCCACUAUGUGCGAGGGUCCGACUGGGACCCCGAUGCGCUCAGCAUCGACCUCGGGAACACCAAUCAAGAUCAGAAGCCCGCCGAACUCGUCGUUGUCUGUAAGAUGCGGUUUUCGCCCGUCCGCUCCGUGUCCAGCAGUGGUGGGACGGAGGGAGCUGGCCGCCAACUGGACGCUCUUAUUUCACCGCUCCUCGGCGUGGCCACGCAGUUGACAGUAGUCGAUCCACCCAAGGGGUGGAAGGUGAUGCCGGGUGCGUUGGCCAUGAACCGAGAUGAGUGGGAACGCAGUGGCGAUCCAGCUGAGCAUGAAUGGGCAAGGGCUGAUGGAUACCAUCGGUCAGAUUGA